ACGGCGGGCGCGGGCGGACGGGCGCGAGGAUGGCGGGCGGGCGCGGGGCCCUCAUCGUGCUGGAGGGCGUGGACCGCGCGGGGAAGAGCACGCAGAGCCGCCGGCUGGUGGCCGCCCUGUGCGCCGCGGGCCACCGCGCAGAGCUGCUCCGCUUCCCGGAGAGAUCAACGGAAAUCGGGCAACUCCUGAGCUCCUACUUGGAGAAGAAGAGCGACGUGGAGGACCACUCGGUGCACCUGCUCUUCUCCGCCAACCGCUGGGAGCAAGUGCCGUUAAUUAAGAAGAAGUUGAGCCAGGGCAUCACCCUCAUUGUUGACAGAUACGCGUUUUCUGGUGUCGCCUUCACCAGUGCCAAGGAGGACUUUUCCCUGGACUGGUGCAAGCAGCCGGACGUGGGCCUCCCGAAGCCGGACCUGGUGGUGUUCCUGCAGCUGCGCCUGGCGGAGGCGGCCACCCGGGGAGAGUUUGGCCGCGAGCGCUACGAGGACGGGAAGUUCCAGGAGCGGGCCCUGCGUCGCUUCCACCAGCUGAUGGCAGAUCAGACCGUGAACUGGAAGAUGGUCGACGCUUCCAAAAGCAUCGAAGCCGUCCACAAGGAAAUCCACGCCCUCUCUGUGGACACCAUGCAGGCCGCUGCGCAGAGGCCACUGGGGGAGCUGUGGAAGUAGCGGGAGGCGGACGUCCAGGCGACGUGCUCGCGGCACACGCGCCGAGACCACCAGCGGCAGGUCAGGGAGCCGGGAGCCAGCGGGUGCGCUGGGGACGCCGUGCAGGCAGCGCUUCGCAGCGGUGUCCCCCCGUCCUGUCUCAGCCUGGAGACCCAAUGAAUCACGGCCUUUGGGGAGUUUAAUGACCACCUCCAGGCAGCUUCACGGAGAUGGCGAUCGGUCAUCAUUUUCCUGAAUUUCUUACAGGGGCGAAUAAAAAUUAAUUUAAAAAGGU